AGAGAUGAAACCCACUGCCUGUCCAUGCCGGAGAGAGAAAAUACCGCCGUCAAUAACCCAUCCCAUUUCGAUUAACCCCCUUGCCGACGCUCCAAUUUCUCUUCAGAUCUACCCCCAAUUCGCAUAUAAUCACAUGAUCUGAUUCAAUCCAUACCUAUAUCACAACCCAAAUCGGCCGAUCUAAUCUCGUCGGCCGGCACCAAUUAACCCACUUCAAACCCCAUCCAAUCCACUGCCCUCGCCGCCGCCGCCGACGAAGACGAUUAGAUCGGUAAACAAUGGAGGCUGAGAAGAAAUCGUCAUCAGUUUCCAAUGUCGGCGCUUGGGGGAUGAACGUUGUAAGUUCAGUUGGAAUCAUUAUGGCUAAUAAACAACUCAUGUCUCUCAAUGGAUAUGCAUUUGGUUUCGCCACAACUUUAACUGGAUUCCAUUUUCUUGUUACUGCUUUGGUUGGAGCUGCAUCAAACGCUAGCGGAUAUUCAGCUUCAAAGCAUGUUCCUACAUGGGAGCUUCUUUGGUUCUCAAUUGUUGCUAAUAUGUCCAUUACAGGAAUGAACUUAAGUCUCAUGUUGAAUUCUGUUGGCUUUUAUCAAAUUUCAAAGCUCAGCAUGAUUCCAGUUGUCUGUAUAUUGGAAUGGAUUCUUCAUAGCAAGCAUUACACGAGAGAAGUUAAAAUCGCGGUUAUUGUUGUAGUUAUAGGUGUGGGAGUUUGUACUGUAACCGAUGUUAAAGUUAAUGCCAAAGGUUUCAUUUGUGCUUCUGUUGCGGUUCUAUCAACCUCCCUGCAGCAAAUUUCUAUAGGUUCUUUGCAGAAGAAAUACUCAAUUGGGUCAUUUGAAUUGUUGAGUAAGACCGCUCCAUUUCAAGCUGCUUCUCUUCUAGCCCUUGGCCCGUUCAUAGACUACCUUCUUAGCGGGAAUUCAAUAAUGAUGUACAAAUGGUCUUCUGGUGCAAUUGCAUUCAUACUCCUUUCGUGCACAUUGGCGGUUUUCUGCAACAUAAGUCAAUAUCUGUGUAUUGGGCGAUUCUCGGCUGUUUCAUUCCAGGUUUUAGGACAUAUGAAGACAGUUUGUGUACUGACAUUGGGAUGGUUGUUGUUUGAUUCGGAAUUGACAUUCAAGAACAUAAUGGGAAUGAUGAUAGCAAUUUUGGGCAUGUUAAUAUAUAGUUGGGCAGUGGAAGUUGAAAAACAAUCCAAGGUUACUUCAAUGGUGAAAACCAGCUUAACAGAAGACGAGAUUAGGUUAUUGAAGGAUGGAGUUGAGAAUGUUCCGAUUAAGGACCUAGAACUUGCUGCGUCGAAAGGGUAAAUUUGGGAUUUUUAAACGUUUUUAUUUGUUGAUUUGGAGAAGAUUUAUAGCGUGUUUAUCGCCCUUUUUGAGGGAUGUUUAGGCUUUUAUUAUUUAUAUUCAAGUAUUUUUCGACGAAAAAAAUGAAAUAGAGAUGUUGGAUGAAAUAUGGACAUGGUUACAUUAUUGGGUGUAUAAUUCUAUGCUCUGGUUUAUUUAGGUUUCAAUUUAUGUUAAAAGACAUUUCAUGUU